AUGGCAGACGAUAAAGCCAAGGUGCAGCAGGUUGACGAGACAACUACACCUGCUGUGAAACGAAGCUUCUUUGCGCGUGUCGGGGCUCACUACAGGAAGUGGUGGUGGCUUCACUUGAUCAUACUUGUCGUAGUAGUCUUGGUGAUCACGCUGCCUAUUGUCUACGUCGCAUACCCACGCAUCGCGCAAAGCGACGUCAACAAAUCCUCCCUCAACAUCACCAACCUGGUCUUCUCCAACCCGACCCCAUCCUCCAUCCACGCCAACCAGACCCAAGUCCUUACCAACAAAGCAUCCUACCACCCAACCAUCUACGCCUUCAAUGCGAGCAUCUCGCUCCCAGGCGCCAGCGCGCCAUUAUCCACCGUGCUUAUCCCGCGCCUCCAAGCCAACGAUGGCGAGAUUAUCAACGUCGAUGCGACGCUCGCCUUGAACCAGUCCACUGACGCCGUGGCAAAUUUCACCAUGGCUGUGUUGGGUCUGGAAUCGUUCCAGCUGAAUUUUUAUGGGAGACCGGAUUUGAAGGAGGGCGCUCUGCCGAGGGAGAAAGUGUCGUUUAAUAAAACGGUGACUAUGAAUGGUCUCAACGGUCUCAGAGGCUUCUCCCUCGAAGAUCUCAUGAUAGCCUCGGACCUAACCAACUUGAACGGGACGGCACUCAUCCCGAACCCGAGCAUAAUCACAGUAGCAAUGGGCAACGUAACCCUAGACGUCUCCGUAAACGGCACCCAGAUCGGCCAGUCGUACCUAACCAACCUCGUGCUCGCACCAGGCAACAACUCAGUCCCACUACAAGGAACAAUCAACACAACCCAAGUCCUCGGACUCAUCACCGGAAACACCUCUGCAUAUUCCUCUGGCGUGCUCCCAUUAGGUAUACGCGGUAUUUCCAGCGUGUACAACGGCCAGGAGAUUCCGUAUUUCUCACAGGCUUUGCAGGCUAAUCUGCUGCAGACCCCGAUGAAUAUCACGCAGGUGCUGAUUAAUUCUGGGUUGGGCGAUUUGGCUACUGUUUUGUGA